UUAAAGCUUGUCCUCAUCUCUUCUCCCUCUCUCUCUCCCUCCAUUGUUGAAGAGGAAUUGCUUCACAAUAUAGAAUCAAGCAUUUUCAUUCUAAUUUCUUCUUAUGUCACACACACUCAUUAAAUUCAAUUAAGCUCUACUUGUAUUCAUUUUUCAAGAAGGUUUUUCAAGAAGUGGGAUUAUAGUUAAAAAAAAUUCAUGUUUUGUUACUAUACCUAAAUGUGAUCAUGGAAGGAGGUGAUGACCAUUUCCACCUCCACCACGACCACGACCACCACCACGGCCGCCUCAAUUUCCCGUUCCAAUUACUCGAAAAGAAAGAAGACGAAUCGACUAGCUCCCCCUACCCCUCCCUCGCCAUCUCGGCCUCGGCCCCCUCAAACCCUAAUUACAACUACUCGGCAUCCGCCUCCGCCUCUGCCUCUUCGCUCCAAAUCAUCACGACCCCCGAGGCGUCCAAGAAGCCUCCACCUAAGCGGACGUCCACGAAGGACCGGCACACGAAGGUGGACGGCCGCGGCCGUCGCAUCCGGAUGCCGGCCCUCUGCGCAGCUAGGGUUUUCCAGCUGACGCGGGAGCUCGGCCACAAAUCGGACGGAGAGACCAUCGAGUGGCUCCUACAGCAGGCCGAGCCGUCCGUGAUCGCGGCCACAGGGACCGGCACCAUCCCGGCCAACUUCACCUCGCUAAACAUCUCCCUCCGCAGCUCCGGCUCCAGCAUGUCGGUGCCGUCCCAGCUCCGGUCCACCUACUUCAACCCUAGCUACGCCAUGCCGGCGUCGUCGCCGCUCCACCACCACCGCCGCGGAAGCUACUUCCCCGGCGAUCCCUCCCCCUCCGCCGCGAUUCUCAAUUUUCCGGCGGCCGGCGGCGGCCUGAACCCUAGCUUUUUUCCGCCGGCGAAGCAGGAAGCGCGGGAAAAUUCGAUCGAUUUGGGGGAAAUGGAAGACGGCGGCGGAAUUGGGCGGAAGCGGCGGGCGGAGCAGGAGCAGGAGCUGGGGAAUUACCUGCUGCAGUCGAGCAACGCCUCCGCCAUGGCGGCGGCGGCGGCGAGCCACGCCGCCGUGCCGGCGAAUUUCUGGAUGGUGGCGAAUUCGAGCAACGUGGCCGGAGUGGAUCCGAUUUGGACGUUUCCGAGCGUCAACAGCAGCAGCGCCGCCGCCUUGUAUCGAGGCGGCGCUUCGAGCGGCUUGCAUUUCAUGAACUUUCCGGGGCCAAUCGCGCUGCUACCGAGCCAGCAAUUGGGCGGAGGAGAGGCGCAAUUGGGUACGCUGGGCGGAUUGAGUCAUUAUCGGGGCGGAGGGAUGUCGGAUUCUCAGGCGAGUGGGUCCCACGGCGGCGGCGGAGACGAAAACAGCCACCAAUCGUGAGGUGGAGAUAUGUAAAACACAUACACGUGAGGUUUGAGUAAUUUAUUUUGUCUUUCAAAAUUAUUCAUGAGUUUGUUUUUUUUUUUCAAUUUAAUUUUUUGCUUUUUGAAGUGGUGUGAGUGAUGAUGAAAAUAGAGGAAUUCUAGGGUUUUGGGAAGGCCAUGUUUUUAACAAUUGGGAUUAUUGAGCUGAUUUUUUUUUUGUGAAGUAGUAAUGAUCACAAUUCGAUUUUAAUCACUAUAUAUAAGGUUAAUUUGA